AUGGUGUCCAACGUAAUCAGCGAUAUCAAAGACGAAUUUCUCGUCUGCCAUGAGUGUUUGGAAGACUUAAAGCAGCCUAAGAUGCUGCCGUGUCUUCACACCUUCUGCCAGCCGUGUUUGGAGAGGCUCCUGGCCACAGAGCCGGUAGGGAAACUGGACUGUCCGACAUGCCGACAGGACGUGCCCCUCACGGAGAAUGGCGUCCAGGGGCUGAAGUCCAACUUCCUCGUUGGCAAACUGCGCGACAUUCUACAACAACAGCCGAAGGAGGAGAAGCCCGAGGCGAGGGAGGAUGGAAUCCCCUUUAGUAGUUGUACGGCUUGCGAGGCUGCGAACUUGGCCAGCUUUUACUGUGUGGAGUGUACCGACUACCUGUGUCAGACGUGUAACGACACCCACGGUCGGUUCAAGGCGACGAGGUCCCACAUAGUUGUAAACAUCCAAGACUCGCAAGCUGACCAAGUUGCCACGGACGACGCCCGGGUUAGAACAUCUUUACGCUCAUCCCAAAUCAGGCAGGUGCGAUCGAACGUACGGAUCGCAGGUGCGAAUCUAAAACACAUCAAAACCGUUAGAGAGGGGGGCAGUGGAGAUGUACAGUUUAGCACUCCGUACCCGCUUGCUGUUACCGCGGAGGGAGACAUUGUGGUGACUGAAAUCAACAACUCGGGGCUGAAAAUUCUUGACAAAGAUGGUUCCUUCAGGAAGAAGGUCGAUCUGUGGUUCAUGCCAGAGUGUGUGGCUGCACUGACAAACGGUGAGCUGUUGGUGACAGGAGACGGACACAGGAUUCACGUACUGGACAAACAGGGGAGGGAGUUACGUAUCAUCCAGGUGACAGGGGCUGCAGAGACAGAUAAAACUACGAAAGGUAUCGCUGUUGACGGUUUGGGACGCAUCAUCGUCACUAUCGGGUACCAGGUUUUCGUACUCAGUCGCAGUGGUGACGUCAUGCUGAAGUUUGGGGACAAAGGUCAAGUUCAGCAGCAGCUGGGACCGUUCCUCCAUGUCGUCGUUAACAGCAGUAACCAAAUCAUCGUCAGUGACCAUGACAACCAUGACGUGAAGAUAUUUGACCCCGCCGGUCGUCAUCUCUUUACAUCCGGGUCAUUUGGGUUCGAACCUGGUCAGCUGAACUACCCCUCCGGUGUAAUCACGGACAGUGACGAUAACAUCAUCGUGGCUGAAACCUACAACCAUCGCGUUUCCCUGUUCAGUCCGGACGGCGCGUUUAUCAGGCACGUGCUGACACGGGACGAACACGGACUGCUUCAUCCAGGGGGCCUGGCGCUGUCUCACGACGGACAUCUGGUCGUUUCUGAUUGUCUUCAGUCUGUCAAGUUCUUCCGCGGAUGA